GCACGGAAAAUUAGGUAUCCCGAUCACUCCGACAACAAAGAAAGAGGUGUCUUACGUAAUCCGUACGCUUUGACUGCACGCCAACCUCGAUUCGACUCGUCAGUUUUGGAGGAGACACAUACCACCACCUCCACCAACCUCGAAACCCUUCUUUCACUACCACUUUGUUCGUUCAAGAAUGAAUAGCCUAUUGUCAAGCUAUUCAGUCUUUCCUCCACAUUUACACGAGAAUCAGCAUACUCGGCCGUCGCCGCUUCGUUCAAUGACAACUCCACCAAGCCACAUGCACGCCGGCAUGGCUGGACGAAAGCGAAAGGCUGACGAUGAAGACAUCGAAUCGGAUCGAUAUGGAUCGCACGAUUCGAUCAGCAGCACCGACAAUGACGAACGCAUGUCCGCGUCACCAGCCAACUCACCCGCUAUUGUCUCUCGGCAUCUCGCACAUGCUCACUCUCACAACCAAAGUCACCAGCAGCAACGACACAUUAAACGAUCUCGACCAAACGUUUCUGGCCGUCCUCUUUCCCUUAACCGCCUGCUCGAGACCCUUAACGCAGACGAGAUGCGGACAGUCCUUCGAUCGAUCUGUGAACGACACCCUGUGAUUGGCUCCGAAGUUGUAUCGACAGCACCACGGCCAAGCGUAUCAUCUGCACUUAAUGUGUUGAAGCAGUAUGAAGAGUCACUCUUUGCUGCUUUUCCUUUUGGGGGCAACUCUAGAUCCGACUAUACCUACAACCGCAUUCGUGGAGCACUCAUGGAGUUGCUGGAUGCUCUGAACGACUUUAGUCCUCAUUUCCUUCCUCCAAACGAAAACCAAGUAUCCACAUCGCUGAGCUUCCUCGACGGCGCUACCGAUAUGAUCCAUCGACUGCCAACUUUUGAGUCAUUCCAAAACAAUCUUCCCAAAUCUACUGCGUACGAAGAAAUUGCCAAGGCCUGGGCUCUCGUGAUUCGAGAGGCAGCGAAGCGAGGAGGUGGCAUUCAAUUACAGUACGGCGGAUGGGACCAAAAGCUUGCGAAACACAAUGAAGAGUCACAAGGAAAAUUGCAGGAUGCCGUCAACGAGCUCACUGCCAGCCUGGGUUGGAUGGGGGGUAACGCCAUUCCUUCGCCGGGAUCCCAAAUGACUGGGCUCGGAGACAUGAGCUCCAUUAGGGCACAACUAUUGUCUGGAACCUAUGGUGCAAACCUCCCCGUCCGUGUCGGUCCGUGGUAAUUGCUGCCUUUCCAUAAGACGACCUUAAACAUUGACGCCAAUAUCGGAUCCCUGUCAAUUCCCCUUUUUCAUUUGACUCGGACAA